AUGAUCAGUUUCAUGCAGGAGCGCGAGGCGACACAGUUGCAUUGGAUUCCACGCGAGCCGACGUUGGAAAACUACACGAUGUACUUCCGUGUGUACGGCGACAGUGCCGAAAUUGGUGCAGCGACCGCGCGGCAGUUUCCCCGUGCAAUUGCAAACAGUCUCAUCAUCGCGGGUUCGGUGAUGUUUAUCAAUCUGUUCUUUGGAUCGCUCGCGGCGUACGCACUCGCACGGAUGAAUUUUGGUGGCAACCUUGUGCUGUUGUUAUUUUAUCUCGGUUCGCGCAGCGUACCGGGUGUAGCGAUUAUGAUACCGAUGUACCUCGUCAUGCGUAGUUAUGGCUUACUAGAUACCCACCUUGCGGUCAUCCUUGCUCAUGUGACCUUUACGUUACCGUUCACUAUCUGGAUUCUCAAGGGCUAUUUUCAGACGGUGCCGCUCGAUUUGGAGCGUGCGGCGAGGGUCGAUGGCUGCUCCCGUCUCGGUGCACUGUUCCGCAUAUUCCUGCCGGUGACAACGCCCGGUAUGAUUGCGGUGGGCAUUUUUUCUUUUAUCUCGUCGUGGGGAGAAUUUUUCUUUGCCCUGCUGUUCACCUCUACCAUAUUUUCAAAGCCUGUAACUGUGGUGGCAUCGGACUUCGCACAGGAGAUACAGAUCGAUUUCACAAUCAUCGCCGCCGGUGGGGUUUUGGUCGUGCUGCUCCCGAUUAUCCUCGCAUUCAUCUUCCAACGAUUCAUCAUUCACGGCAUCGGCGGUGCGGUGACGGGAUAG